AUGCCAAAGAAUUCAGAACGUGAUCCUGCAGAUUUAAAAGAGUCCAAUAAAGAUAGAAGUCCUAAUGAUAAGAAUUCAGGAAUGCCUCCACAGCAGAGUGAGAAAGGAAAGAAGGAAGAUCAUUCCAGAAAGGAUAAUCUUUCAGCACCAUUACAGACUCAGAAUCAAGAAGAAGUGGUAUCUGUUCCAACGGUUUUAAUGGAGUCUUCAGGAAAAGAGAAUGCUGUGGGUUCUUUUAGUUUUCAAAAUGAUCAUGCAACAGAUUUGCAGUGUCAAUCAGGGCCAGUUCUGAAUUCAGUGCAAGACUCUCAGGUGCUUCACGCUGGAUUUCAUUUGGAAAAUUCAGCAACAGGAAAUACGUUCCCCAAGCAUCAUAUUAAUAAUCAGGGAGUGGAACCUGAUCUUGCCGCUGCAUCAGUUCAGCAGAAUUAUUUACAUGAUCUUCCUAAGGAGAUCGCAGGAGCUUCUAAGGGUUUGACUGAGGACAUUAUGCAACCACCUGCUGAUUGUUCAUUAGAUAGAGUAGAUAAGUGUGGCGUUGCUCAGUUGGAAGCCACAGCUGGUUCAGAGCUCUCUUCGCAGUCAUACUAUCAAUUGAAUAGGCAGUAG